AUGUUUUCUUGGUGGCACCUCGGAUUACUCGGACAUAUUCUUGUAAAUAUGUGCGCUUGUCAAGACACUAAUCCGCUAUCAAUAGAUGCUGAUCAAAUGGAUGAACCCCCUGUGACAGUGAGGCUUUCUGUCGAAACUAUGCCAAAAUCUCACAUAGCCGGCGUGCAGAAUGAAUCACCACAAAAACAACUGUCAGAAUUAUUCUCUUGUCACGAAUGCACAAAUUGCGAUUCAACAUCAGAAUCAACUAUUCGUUCAUGCGAUGCCGGAAUUACUAUGUGUUAUAAAGUCGAGGAUAAAAAUAAAAUCAUACGUCGAGGUUGUGCAACAGCACGUUGUACCAUACCCGAUGGCGAUCAAUCAAGUCGAUUCGAUAGUAUCACAUGUUGCACGACUCCGAAAUGCAAUCAAGGUAUUCAAUCGAAACCAUUGUGGUUUCUUUCCGUACUACUCUUGCUGACAAUACUGAUUAUUAAUAUAUGA